UCACCUGACCCUGCCGGACUUCCUCCGUCCUCGGUGCACCCCACCCAGAAUACCAGGCUCGGCUUCUUGUCCGUCAAAGCUGCCAUUCGUCUUCUUCUUCCUCACCCUCAGUGCUCUGCGGAGCUCCAGACCCUUUCUCGUCCUUCACCCCAACCCCUCAAGGUGGUUACGUGAGUGGGUGUGGAUUUUGACUUGUGAGUGGUUUACCAAGUUUGAUCUGGUUUUGCGGAAGCGUUAGUGGAGGAUAGUGGUUAGCUUGCUCUGGGAGUUUUCUCCAUACUGCAGCGCGAACCACUAGCUCUUUCGACCGAAGUGGCGAAUCACAACGAGAAGCUGCCAUGCAGUGGGUUACAGAAUUGGGUAUGGAGGACGUGAGGCAGUUCGACCCGUUGUUUCACCAAAGCAACGCCGAAGCAUACGGUGGUGGAUUGUCUAGUGUAAGCGGGAGUGGCAACAACUAUGCCGCAUGUUUGGAGAGCUUUAAGCAGCAAAAGGAGCGGCAGUCGUUCGCAGAUCUUGAUGGAUUGUAUCAUCAAGAGCGUCCUCAGAAGAUGUUGAAAUCAAACUCUUCGAUGCCCACUCUCAAUGACUUCCACUACCAAGCCAGCCCCAAUUGGAGUAUGUCCAUGGGCCUAUCCUCGGGCCUCGGCGGGAUUUCAUUCGGAUCCCAGCAACCAUUGGCGCAAAACCCGCAUCAGCAGGUGCACCAGAUGAUUCCUCAGCAUCUUGACGCCUAUGCGAUGUCUGUUCAACACCUGCAAGAGGAUUCUGCAGUGCAUCCCAGAACGCCAGGUAGUCAAGUGGACUGCGGAAGCUCACCUGUAUCUGUUGGUACAAAUGGUUGCAAACCUGAUGCUGUCUCCGUGGAGAGUCUUCGAGGUUCAAGUCCUCUAUCCUCCAUAGAGUAUGUCCAACAGGGCAAGCAAAAAUCGUCAGGAUUCUUUGCCUCAAAUGUGAGUGGUUCAAGGCUUACCAUGCCACCCCAACCACCUCCGCCAGUCAAGAGCACAGGUCAUACACAAGACCACAUAAUGGCGGAACGAAAGCGGCGCGAGAAGCUGAGCCAACGCUUCAUUGCUCUUUCUGCUAUUGUCCCUGGCUUGAAGAAGAUGGAUAAAGCGUCCGUGUUGGGAGAUGCAAUUAAAUAUGUGAAGACACUGGAAGAGAAGCUGAAAGCAUUGGAGGAAAGGCUCCCGAAGAAAAGAAUGCGGUCACUAUCGGUUAAGAAUAUGCCGCCUGUACCACCUUCGUCCUCUAACUCACAGGGUUGCUCCAAGCUGGCUCCUGCUGUGAAGCAGCAGCUAGGCGAAGAAGUUGUUGAUGAAGAUGAUGGCUCUCAACCCGAGAUUGAGGCUAGGAAGAUCGACAAGAAUGUGCUCAUUCGGAUGCAUUGCGAGAAGAGGAAGAGUUUAUUAGUAAAGUCUCUUGCCGAACUCGAGAAAAUGAAGCUGGUCAUUUUGAAUGCCAAUAUUCUCUCGUUUUCUGCAACGACGGUGGAUCUCACUUGCUGUGCUCAUAUGACUGAUGGGUGUGAUAUCAACACCGACGAGAUCGUUAGAACUUUGCAAGACUUGUAUUAUACACUGGAGGACUGACAGAGCAUGUUCGAGUAAGGACCUUAACAUAAGCAUGGAGUUCGCGUGCACGACAAAAUUUCCAAACGAUAGCUGUCUACGUCUCCUGUCAAGAUUGUUUUUAAGAGUUUCACUUAACAGCAGAGCAAUCAGCGAGCUCCCUUUAUCCCUUCAGGUGGAAGUUAGACAUGGCCAUUGUAGCCAAUCCACAUCUUCAACCCAUCCAAAAUUUUCGGCACAGUUCUGGUGUUUUUUAUUCAGAUUUUCUCUGGUUUCUGUGCUUGUCAGCAUUGAAGAGAAUGCGGCUACCUGGGUGUACACCUAGGUUUUUAAGUUUCCCCUUUUGUCCGCUAGUCGCGACACAGCUGCUUUUUGAAGAGAAAUCGACCCCACAUCUGCUUUGAAUAGUCAACACCAGCAGGUUAUUUCCCUCAUAUGGGUCUUCUUCAGCUGUGCCCAAUAUUCUGUUCUGAGAACCCCGAUCCUUUUUUCGUGAUAAGCCAUUACGUAAUAGUUUGAUGAGGCCUAUCAUGGUCAUGGUCAUUUUUUGCAAAAGCCAUUGCCCAUCACGGUUGGUUUUUGUUUCAGAACAGAGUGGUUGGCACUGCUGUAGUUACACAUACUAAAGACGACCUUUUGGAGGGUUUGGAUGGCUACCUUAGCUGUUAUUAUUUUUUUUCUUCUUAUUUCUUUCUUUCUUUUUCACAUCCGUAUAAAUGAGGGUUAGGGUCAAGCUCGCCGAUGUGCCAGCUUGUUCUUUUGUGAUGUGCAUGUAUGAAAUAAAAAGUUGAACAUAUAAUAUUUUCUUUUCUUUUCCA